UUCGCUCCUUUGCUAGCGAUGGAAAUGCUCGUUUUUGCUGAGCACAUUCACCGCUGUGAAAACAGCGCCACGUCUGUAGAAAUUAAAAGUCACCCUAAGAUAGAGGGGCUGGGCUAAGGGAUUUCCCCCUCCCUGCCUACCAUUUCCCUCAGCCGGACGGUUUCCUGUGGGGGAGGGGAAGCAGCCGCUGUAUUGAUCCUUCUUGGAGGCUUCUAAAGGGGCUUCUCUGGUGUCCCUUGCUGAGAGCUCUGAGAAAGGGGCAGGAGAAACAGCCGCCAGGAUGUUUUCUUUUAAUAUGUUUGAUCAUCCAAUCCCCCGGGUUUUCCAGAACCGCUUCUCAACCCAGUAUCGUUGCUUCUCAGUGUCCAUGCUUGCAGGACCUAAUGACAGGUCAGAUGUGGAGAAAGGCGGGAAGAUAAUUAUGCCACCAUCUGCCUUGGAUCAACUCAGUCGACUUAACAUUACGUACCCUAUGUUAUUUAAGCUGACUAAUAAAAAUUCAGAUCGAAUGACACAUUGUGGUGUGCUAGAAUUUGUGGCUGAUGAAGGCAUUUGUUACCUUCCACACUGGAUGAUGCAGAACUUGCUUCUGGAGGAAGGAGGCCUGGUGCAAGUAGAGAGUGUUAACCUUCAAGUGGCUACUUACUCAAAAUUCCAACCACAAAGUCCAGAUUUCCUUGACAUCACCAAUCCCAAAGCUGUAUUAGAAAAUGCUUUGAGAAACUUUGCUUGUCUAACCACUGGGGAUGUUAUUGCCAUCAACUACAAUGAGAAGAUCUAUGAGCUUCGGGUAAUGGAGACCAAGCCUGAUAAAGCUGUGUCCAUCAUAGAGUGUGAUAUGAAUGUGGAUUUUGAUGCACCUUUGGGAUACAAAGAACCAGAAAGACACACACAACAUGAGGAGAGCACAGAUGUUGAAGCAGACCACAGUGGCUAUGUGAGUGACCUAGGAUUUCGUGCAUUCUCUGGCUCUGGGAACAGGCUAGAUGGCAAGAAGAAAGGUGUUGAGCCUAGUCCCUCGCCAAUUAAACCAGGAGACAUUCGAAGAGGAAUACCGAAUUAUGACUUCAGAAUCGGUAGGAUCACAUUCAUCAGAAAUUCACGACCACUAGUCAAGAAAGUUGAAGAGGAUGACUCUGGCAGCCGGUUCAUUGCAUUUUCAGGAGAAGGCCAGUCCUUGCGCAAGAAGGGAAGAAAACCAUAAGUUAUGGAACCUUUGGCCAAUUGGGGAGAAUAAAAUAACAUUGCAGCGCAUUGGACUUUAGUUAUUGGGUUUUAGAGGAGGGAGGCUAUUGGUCAUAUGUAACACAGGGACCCUUUGGCUUUGAUUUUACUUUAAAGUCAAGUUAGCAAUUUAGGAAUUCUUACUUUUCAAUUGAAAACUAAGCUCUAGGAGCUUGUAGUGGUUAUUUUGUAUGCUGGAAAGAGGGGAAUUUGUUAGAGAAACCUAAGCAACAAAACCACCAAGCUGUACCUUAUUCAAAGGGUCAAUGUGUUUCUGCUGGCUCAAUUCUGAAGACUACAUUCAACUUUCAUUGAUAUCCCCUAUGAGGAUGGUAUCAUGUUGCUCUGAGCUUGUUAAUUUUCCUUGUACAUUUGUUUACCACACUUUCAAACAACCUUUCCAAAGCCAUGUUCUCCAUAAACCAAGGCACAUGUUUAGGUGGCAUAAGACCUCCAUGGGAGGACUUUGAUCUGAUCUUGUUUUCUUAGAUGUUAAGUUAGAAACAAACCUAAAGAAGUUGCAAGCUCUGACAGAGAACCAAAUACUUGCCUUGUCAGUUGUAAUUAAAUACAUGGCUUCAUACCCUUCUAAUUGUUAAGACACAACAGGUCAGCUUAAUACCCAGCAAUUACAAGUGAAUCAGCAGCAUGGGUAUGGAUGGUAAGGACAUGGCUUCUUGUGAGUUGUGCUGGAUAACUGAGUACAAACAUCCAGCUCCCUCUUCUUUUAGAACAGUGGUGUGUUUCCCACAUCCGACACACAGGCUCUUUAAUCUUUCUUUCCUCUUCCUGACAUAAUCUAUUGUGUUCAGCCUCCUACAAAUGGUGAAACUCUUCUUUACUCAGCUAUGCCUCUUCCUCAAGCCUUCCUUAAGGUAAGGCCCGGGGGCUGUCCAUGUUUGAUUAGUCUCAAAUAAAGCAACAGACAUUUUAAAAAAUGCUACAUCAGAAAAAUCCACCGCAUCCUGCCCUUCUCUAAAGCCAAAACACUAUUUCCCUACAAUGUGACCUGCACCAAGAGAAGGUUGAUAGAUAAACAUGCAUUUUGAAAGAAACUCUUUUUAGAUAAAAACCAUUCCACAUCUGCUGGCCUGUGGAAGUUGGGCUACUAUCUUUAUCACUCCAGAGAUGAGUCAUAACAAGAAUGGUGCGAUCAUCUGCCAGAACUGACAACCUAGAAAUAUAUGAGACAACAGUGACUGAUUGUUCAUAGCUGCCUACAACCACCUCCUUAAUCACAUAUUAGAAAUUGGAUCUAUCUGUUAUGUCAAAAGCAAAACAACAUGUAUCUCCUCGCAGUGACUCUCGUUUGCUGAGUAAGAGGAUUGGUACCAAUAGCAAUGGAGCUGAUUUACACCGUUCAGGUCUGAAGGGACCUGGAGUGCAGCGAUAGCUGGAGUUGAGGAGUUUGCUUUGGGCUCAUCUCUGUUAGCUGUGCCUGUUGCAUUUAUAGGACUUAAAUCUUCUUAGUAAAGCAGUUUUACCCUUAUCAAAGGAGACCACAUAAUCAAAGGUUUGCAACUUGUAUGUGGUUCAUGAAAAACUUAAUUUUAAUUAUAGGUUUUGCUAACAAAUAAUGUAUAAUUAAGCGUAUAUAAUAAACAUUAUAACAAGUUA